UGCGCGCGCAGACACAGGUGGUGUGGUUCUGAGCGCGUGCCACCUCAGCGCAGUUAAUAAAGGAAGGAGACAAACUGCAAGAGGACGUACAUCACUGCUGCUGCUUUUGCUUACAGCACGUACUGGAAGGAACGUGUUGUUUUAAUUUCGGAGAAGGCGGUUUAAUGAACUCUGAGCUAGGACCUGGUACCUUCACCUUCACUUGUCGUUGAAGAAAAACAGGUGGAGCAGAAGAAGAAGAAAUAUUACUGCGCUCAACUUAGAUUGGGAUACGUGACUGCUGACCUGAUCACUUCAUGGCGCUAACAGUGAACCUGAUUGGCCCAUCACCAUGGGGCUUUAGAAUAUAUGGAGGGCGGGACUUUAAGAAGGCCAUAACAGUAUCAAAGGUCAAUGGGGGCAGCAAAGCAUCACAGGCCGACCUGCAACCUGGUGACAUUAUAUUGGAGAUCAAUGGAGAAAACACGGUCGACAUGCUCAAUGUAGAAGCCCAGAACAAGAUCAAGAACUCUAAGACCCAACUGCAGCUAGUGGUGGACAGACCUGAACCAUCCAGCCCUGGGCAAACCAAUGGCAUCAACACUCCAGAAAAACUAAUUGGUCGCUUCCAGGAGGCAGUAAUAGUCAGCCGAGACGAGAACCAGAACUACAGAGAGUACACCAUCUUUAGCCCUGCAUCACUGUCUCCUGGACCUUAUUCACCAGAUCCUCCAGCCAGUCCUGAAAGGAAAGAAAUGUUGACUACCAUCUCCAACAAGAGUGUACAGAUUCUCUCAUGGUCACCAGAAGACAAAAGUCAUGGACUGUCCAGACCAAUGUCACAGGAGUUCUCUCCUCAGGAAUACAGAAGUAGCUCUUUGUCCAGCAGAACCCCAACUCCUCCAGGAUCGUACUCACCACAAAGUCCUAUUGAUCAGGAUGUACCCAGACGCAGCAGUUCUAGCUCUGACUUUGCCAUGCAGAGGUUUGACAGGGACUCAGAGGUGUACAAGAUGAUCCAGGAGAAUAGAGAGUCACGUACAGCGCCUCGCCAGUCCAACACCUUUAAAAUGCUUCAAGAGUCUUUGGAGGCUGAUGAGAGAGAGGCGGCUGUGCGGUUUCCAGCAAAGUUUUCACCAAACGCCCCUAAACCAGGCACAACUGUGGGAGGAGUCGGCAAAUAUCACACCUGUGAGAAGUGUGGCUGCAACAUUGUCACACAGGCCGUACGCAUCACAGACGAUCGCUUUCGUCAUCCAGAGUGCUACACCUGCACAGACUGCGGCCUUAACCUCAGGAUGAGAGGGCAUUUUUGGGCAGGGGAUGAGAUGUACUGUGAGAAGCACGCCAAACAGAGGUACCAAGGUCCUGGUAGUUCUCCUCAAACAGCCAUCUCCCCUCGUCACUGAGUCCACCGCUCCACUCCUGCUGCAGCUGCUGCUCUGCUUGAACAUCCACCUCAUCUGACCUGGUUCCAGACCCUGGGAUGAAGUGUGGAGGUGGACGCUUGCCAAUCACAUG